AUGACAGCGACCCACUCCUGCAAUAACAGAGACCCACUCCCCCAACGACAGAGACCGACUCUCCCAACGACGAGACCCACUCCCCCAACGACAGAGACCCACUCCCCCAACGACAGAGACCCACUCCCCCACCGACAGAGACUUACUCCUCCAACGACAGAGACCCACUCCCCCAACGACAGAGACCCACUCCCCCAACGACAGAGACCCACCCCCCAACGACAGAGACCCACUCCCCAACGACAGAGACCCACUCCCCCAAAGACAGAGACCCACUCAUCAACGACAGAGACCCACGCCCCUAAUGACAGCGACCCACUCCCCCAACAACAGAGACCCACUACCCUAAUAACAGAGACCUACUCAUCAACGACAGAAACCCACUUCCACAAUAACAGAGACCCACUCCCCCAACGACAGAGACCCACUCACCCAACGACAGAGACCCACUCACCCAACGGCAGAGACCCACUCACCCAACGACAGAGACCCACUCACCCAACGACAGAGACCCACUCGCCCAACGACAAAGACCCACUCCCCAACGACAAAGACACAUCCCUCAACGACAGAGACCUAUUAACCCAACGACAGAGACCCACCCCCCAACGACAGAGACCCACUCCCCAACGACAGAGACCCACUCCCCCAAAGACAGAGACCCAAUCACUCAUUGACAGAGACCCACUACCCUAA